AUGCCUCGAGUAAGGAGACAAGUGGUCUUGGAAGAUCCUGCCAGGCCUGUCACACCAGAUAUGGUGGAUACUAAAUUACUAAAAACAGAGUUUUUGGAUGAUGGGUCUUUGGAUGAGGUGCAAGCACAAAAAGUGGCUGAAGAGACGCCAAGUCCUCAUCUUCAAGACCACCAGUAUGGACAAACACCUUGUUAUCAAGUAACAAGGAAACCUACACAAUCACCACCACGAACUGAACAAAUUUCAGUACAGGCAGUGAAAAGAAGACUGAAUCUGGAAAUGGGAACUACAGGUCCCAGCCAAUCUGCCUUUAAGGCUCCUAGAGGUAAACGUAGGAGAUCUGGAUCAAGUUCCCUAGCUGGCCACACACCUACAAAAAGUAAAACAGUAGAGAGAACGCGGUACGAUACAUCACUGAGCUUACUUACAAAAAAGUUCAUACACUUAGUUGAAAGCAGUCAAGACGGUGUUGUAGAUUUAAACGUAGCGUCUGAAAAGUUAGAAGUACAGAAACGUCGUAUAUAUGACAUUACGAAUGUAUUGGAAGGCAUAGGUAUUUUGGAGAAGAAAAGUAAAAACAAUAUACAAUGGAAAGGCGGUCAGUUACCAAACGACAGGAACGAUAUCGCUGAUCUCAGAAGGGAGGUGGCAGAUUUAGAAGCUAAGGAAAAUACUUUGGAUCGAUUGAUUCACGGUGCAAAUAAAAACCUUAGGGAACUCUGCGCAGACAGACAAUACGCUUAUGUAACGUACCACGAUUUACGUUCUGUCCCAAUGUACAAAGACCAAGCUAUAAUGGCAGUAAAAGCUCCGCCAGAAGCUACUCUUCAUGUUCCACAACCUAUUAAUAACCUUGGUCAACAAAAGCUUCAAAUGCACAUGAGGUCAUCUCAUGGAGAAAUAGAGGUGUUCCUCUGUCCCGAUGAUCCUGCAGUUAAAACGUCUCCCAAUUCGGGUUACACGACGACGCAACCUGUGCCUUCGUCAAAAGAAUCCGAUUUACCCUGUCUGCCUCCUGAAAUGCUGGCCAAUGGAGAUAGUGGGGUUCGGGUUGAACCAGUACCUUCUGUUGAGAGUUCGUUGAAUACUCGUUUGAGUACUCCGAUUAUAUCUGCAGUUACCAGUUUAGCAGGCAUGAGGGACGCGCUUUUGUGUGAAUCUGAUGAUUACGGACCAAUGGGUGGUGGCAAAUUCCAACUCCAAACGGAGGAUCAAAUUAGCACUCCAGAUCUAAGUAUUCUCGAUUUCGGAGAGCACCUGCUGUCCCUGGAACCGCCUCUUUCCGAAAACGACUAUUCGUUCUCGUUAGGCACGGAGGAGGGACUUUCGGAUCUCUUUGAUUUCAAAUUCUAAAGGAUAUCGUCCUAAUCGUCGUCGUCGUGACACGCAACACACCCCUGUCUUUUUUGGACUACCACUCUGAGUUCGCCUCCCUAGUAUUCGAACGGAUAGAGGUCACUUGGUUAAUCCGAUAAUAAUGCGAGCACUUUCGUGUCGUACCGAUUGGCAGUUUUCGUUGUUAACUUCUAAGGGAACGAUCGAGCAGUACGUAGCAUGUAGUUAUCUAUCGGUCCAUUGUUCGAUUAGGGUAAUAGAAGCAGGGACAGUUUGACAAAUACGUACGAAACACAAUCAAAUUCACGGCACAAUAAAAAUGGAAAACGAAAAAAAAUCGGCACACUGCUGACCUGGUUUUAAGUAAACGGUUUCGCUUCUUAGUUUCUGUGAAGGAAGGAAGACAAAUGAGAAAGACGAACACACGUGUAAAUAUCAUUGAAAAAGUAUAUAGAUAGGACGUGUUAUUCGAGUACCGAAUAGUAUUUUGUCGAACAUGUGUCUCACGUCGAGGUGUUUUUAGCAAACGUUUCCGCAAAAUCAACCGCACACAAUGUGUAUCACGGUCGGUCCGCUUUCAAAAUUCUGCCUCUGCGAGGACAAGAAGAGCAUCAAUAAUUAACGGGGGAAAGACAUAUCACGCCAACGGUGAACGCGCGCGCGGUCAGUACUUCCGGCCUGACAUGGUCGCAGCCGAUUGAGUUUCCGGGAUAAUAAGUUGUAAAGCUGCCCUGGCGGAGUUGAAGCGCCGUUUUCUUGUGCAAUGUGUAAUAAUACUGUAAAUG